AUGUCUCCCGCAGCCGUCUCGAACGCAGCGCCCACUCCUGCCCCCUCAAAAGGCAAGCAGGGCUCCCUGAUCUCUUCUGAACAAGCCGCCAUUACGCCCUCGACCACCUCAUCGGCACCUCGCCAUGCGAUUCCAGCCUGGGUAAACCCCGACCUCACUCGCCUCAUGCGCGUAGAAAAACGACCCGGCGACUUCGCCAGUGCUUCGUACUCGCUCGUCACGCUCCCUGCCGGCGCAGUAUUCGCACGCAUAACCUCGGCCACACCUGCGACCGUCGCCUACUCGUCCGUCCAAGCCGGCAAGAACCUCCACAUCGAGCUCAACUGCGACUUGGUGUACAUCAACCACUCGUGCUCGCCUAGCCUGAUAUUCGAUAUGGUUGCUUGGGAAGUGCGUGUCAACCCAGAUCGGGAGGGCGGGUUGAAAGAAGGUGACGAGUUGACGUUUUUCUACCCGAGCACCGAGUGGAGUAUGGCCCAGCCUUUCGAAUGCUUGUGCAAGACGAGCGAGUGCAAGAAGACCAUUCAGGGCGCAAAAGAUAUGCGAUUGACUGAUUUGGAUGAGUACUGGUUGAGUGAGCAUAUCAAGGAGUUGCUGCAUGAGCGGGAUGCGAAGAAGAACGGGAUAUAA